GAGAGAGAGAGAGAGAGAGACCGAGAGCAGAUCCAGUCUGAUCAUGAGAAGUGACGGACAGCGAUGCCACUGGCAACCCUGCGAGAGGACACUGUGUAUCUGAGAAAUACGGACGCUUGAGAGAAUAACAGGGCUAAUUUCCGAUAACUUCUUUGGAUGCAUAAAUCUGUGUUUACAAGGGAUCCUCAGUCAUCGUUUUCCAUUUAAAUGGCAUGAAACGCGGAUGUCAAUAGAUGAUUGAAGUGCACAUGGAUCUUUCAGCUCUGCUUUUUGUGUUUAUGGAGAACCUUGUGUGUCUGUCCAAGAUCAGCUGAGUAAGUGUUUAUCAGAUGUUGAGAUGAUGUUCUGCAUGUACACAGGACAAAUUCAGAUGUUGGAUAUGAAGUAAGAAAUCAGCAUGGCUUUGGGUGUAUUCUUACAAACAAGUGAUUUUAACGUAAUUUUUUUCACAACUAAAAACAAGUAAACCAGCAGUAAGCAAUCAUGGUAGAACCUGCUGGCUUUGUGGAAGCGUGGAAAGCUCAGUUCCCGGACUCAGAUCCUCCUGAGAUGUCUUUGAACUCUGUUGGAGACAUUGAGAAGGAGCUGGAGAAAUGCAGAGACUCUAUUAGGCGUCUGGAGAUGGAAGUGAACAAGGAGCGUUUUCGAAUGAUCUACCUGCAAACGCUUCUAGCCAAGGAGCGGAGAAGUCAUGACUCAAAGCGAUGGGGCUUCGGUAGGGUCUCACAAGGUGAGCAUAAGCCAGCGUCCAUGGAUGAGAACCAUCAGAAAGCCGACGGAAGCAGGUGUCUCCCUCCCAAACUGAAGCACACAACCGCAGCAGAGGAGAGUCAUGAGUCUCAUCCUUGCGCUAAGGUGGUGGGACGUGAUCUCUCAGACUUGGACAGGCAGAAAAGCAGAGAUGGAGAAGUUGACGGGACGUCUCCGUACAAAAACAGGAGCAUUGAAGCUCCCCUCAGGCCCAUUGCUGGACGUGGACCUGCGCUCCAUGAGGUGGAUGGCAUUCCAGAGUCUCCACCAAAAGAGAAGGUCACCACGGGGUUGGGAGUUGCUGCGCUUCGCUCAAACUUUGAACGUAUCAGAAGAGCCAAUUCUCAAACAUCUGGUGAAGGGAAAAGCGAGAGGCCUUACUACGUCAACAUGGAGUACCAUCAGGAGAAAGGUCUUGUUCGUGUCAAUGAUAGAGACGUCUCAGAGAAGAUAAGUAGUCUGGGAAGUCAAGCUAUACAGAUGGAACGAAAGAGGUCUUUGCAUUCUGUCCCGGGUAAUCUGUCCACUGCUUUUGGGGACGUCCGUAAACCGGAGCGUCCUCAUGAAAGAGCUAUGGAGAGCGGCUGUGAGUACGAGGAGCCUGAUCUAAACCUUGGGUUCCUUAAGGAUAGUUCUUCAAGGCUUGAUGGAAGAAGAGCAACUCUGCAGAACUGGCACCAAUCAGACUGUCAGCCCUAUACAACUGUUUAUGUGGGGGGCAUUAUGGGAGACGGAGAGCACCUGCACUUGACCUGGCCCAGACGGUCUUACUCGCCCGGGAGUUUUGAGGAUGGAUACACGCCGGAUUGCAGCUCCAAUGAAAACCUGACGUCCAGCGAAGAAGACUUCUCCUCAGGGCAGUCGAGCCACGUGUCCCCGAGCCCCACCGCCUACCGAAUGUACCGAGAGAAGAGCCGCUCUCCAUCCCAGCACUCCCAGCAGUCUUUUGAGAGCGGCAGCCCCCCUACCCCACAGUCCCAGAAGCGUCUCAAGCAGCAGCCUGCACUCUCCGACACCAGUGUUGUUGGUGUCCGCAAGAUCAGGCCUGCUGAAGGAAGCUCCAACAACUUCAGCAACAGUUUCCAUGGAGAUCUGGACAUCCCGUUUAACGGGACCCCGCCUCCAGCGUACAUUUAUGAUGCCGAUCGAGGGGAGGACCAGCAUUUGCAGCCUGACGUCAGGUCCUACACGGAUGACUCUCUCUCUUCUCUGCGCCUUCAUCCGAAGGGUCGAAGCUUUAGAGAGACCCCUUCCUCGGGGUCCCUGGAGCUCACUAAAUCAUCGGAGCUGGAUGUCGAAAAAGGGUUGGAGAUGAGAAAAUGGGUCUUAUCAGGGAUCCUGGCCAGUGAGGAGGCAUAUCUCAGCCACUUGGAGGCACUCUUACUGCCCAUGAAACCCCUGAAAGCUGCUGCCACUACUUCUCAGCCCAUGUUAACCCUCCAGCAGAUAGAAACCAUUUUCUUCAAAGUGCCUGAGCUCCAUGAGAUCCACAAAGACUUUUAUGAUGGCUUAUUACCCAGAGUGCAACAGUGGAGCCACUGUCAAUGUGUGGGUGACCUCUUCCAGAAACUGGCCAGCCAGCUCGGCAUGUACAGGGCUUUUGUGGACAACUAUAAGGUUGCUGUAGAAACGGCUGAAAAGUGUUGUCAAGCCAAUUCUCAGUUUGCUGAGAUUUCAGAGAAUCUGAAAGUCAAGAGUGCUAAGGAUCAGAAUGCCAAGAACUCUCUGGAAUCGCUGCUGUAUAAACCAGUGGAUCGAGUCACUCGCAGUACUCUCGUCCUCCACGACCUGCUGAAGCACACCCCAUCCAGUCAUCCAGAUCACCCUCUCCUGCAGGACGCCCUCCGCAUUUCCCAGAACUUCCUCUCCAGCAUUAAUGAGGAGAUCACGCCCCGCCGUCAGUCUAUGACAGUGAAGAAAGGAGAGAAUCGACAGCUUCUCAGAGACCAGUUUAUGGUGGAGUUAGUAGAAGGGGCACGAAAACUUCGACAUGUCUUCCUCUUUACCGACCUGCUGCUUUGCGCCAAAUUGAAGAAGCAAACCGGAGGGAAGGGGCAGCAGUAUGACUGUAAGUGGUAUAUCCCGCUAGCCGACGUCACGUUUCAGACCAUCGAUGAAUCUGAGUUUUCGCCGGUCACCCAGAUACCAGAGGAAGACAUAGAUGCUGUGAAGGUCAAGAUCUCCCAGAUCAAGAAUGAGAUACAGAGAGAGAAGAGAGUAUGUAAAGGAGGCAAAGUCCUCGAUCGUCUCAGGAAGAAACUGUGCGAACAGGAAUCGCUGCUUCUACUCAUGUCUCCAUGCAUGGCCUUCAGAGUCAGCAACAGGAAUGGCAAGGGCUAUACAUUCCUGAUUUCAUCCGAUUACGAGCGAGAAGAAUGGAGGGAGAUCAUUCGGGAGCAGCAGAAAAAGUGUUUCAAGAGUUUUUCUUUGACUUCUCUGGAGUUGCAGAUGCUCACCAACUCCUGCGUGAAGCUACAGACCGUUCACAACGUUCCUCUGACAAUCAAUAAAGAAGAUGAUGAAUCCACAGGGCUGUAUGGCUUUCUAAAUGUGAUUGUUCAUUCUGCAACAGGGCUGAAACAGAGCUUGAAUCUGUACUGUACAUUAGAGGUGGACACAUUUGGCUAUUUUGUGAACAAAGCAAAAACACGUGUUUACAGAGACGCCACAGAGCCGAACUGGAAUGAGGAGUUUGAGAUCGAGCUGGAGGGCUCUCAGACCCUCAGACUGCUGUGCUACAGUAAGGUCAGACAGUGCAGGGAUGAUGGGGAGAACAUGGAUCGCAUCAUGGCCAAAGGACAGAUUCAGCUGGAUCCUCAAUCGCUGCAGGGUAAAGACUGGCAGAGGACAGUAAUCAGCAUGAAUGGGAUUGAGGUCAAGCUGUCUAUGCGGUUUACCAGCAGAGAGUUCAGUCUGAAGAGGAUGCCCUCCAGGAAACAGUCUGGAGUGUUUGGAGUCAAAAUUGGGGCUGUUACUAAACGGGAGAGCUCCAAAGUGCCUCUUAUUGUGAGACAGUGUGUAGAGGAGAUUGAGCGCCGAGGGAUGGAGGAAGUGGGCAUCUAUCGUGUCUCUGGUGUGGCCACAGACAUCCAAGCCCUAAAAGCUGCCUUUGAUGCCAACAAUAAAGACGUUUCUGUUAUGAUGAGUGAAAUGGAUGUGAAUGCCAUCGCUGGAACGCUGAAGCUUUACUUCAGAGAGCUUCCUGAGCCCCUCUUCACCGAUCAACUCUGUGCGAAUUUCACUGAAGGCAUCGCAUUAUCAGACAGUGUGGCAAAGGAAAGCUGUAUGCUCAAUUUGUUACUCUCGAUACCCGAACCCAACUUGCUGACCUUCCUGUUUCUGCUGGACCAUCUGAAGAGGGUCGCGGAGAAUGAGAGCGUCAACAAGAUGUCCUUCCACAAUCUGGCCACAGUAUUCGGCCCGACCCUCCUUCGCCCCUCUGAAAAGGACAGUAAAAUCCCCAUGCAGCCCAUCUCUAUGAGUGAUAGCUGGUCUCUUGAGGUUAUGUCUCAGGUCCAAGUAUUACUGUACUUCCUGCAGCUGGAGGCGAUCCCGACUCCGGAUAGUAAACGGCAGAGUAUGCUCUUCUCCACGGAGGUUUGAAAAGGAGCUCUGAUGCAUUAUGUGAAAUGCACUGGGACUGAAGUGAUUCAGCAUGUGACCAAUGGAGGGCACCAACAUCCUACUGAAAUCUUCCAAGCGGAGCGAAUGCCCUACAUUAGUAUCAUACUGUUGAUAUUUCUGUAGAAAUGUACAGUGAAGAAUGACAAGGCAGUCUGAUAUCUUCUCAUGAACUCACUGUUACAAGCACUUAGUGUUUCAACAUGCAGGUGAUGUUUAUUUUCACUGUCAUCCAUUGUAAGAUAUCGGAUUGAAUGGUGCCAAGCUUCUCGUAGAUCACUGGAUCGUGAAUGUUAUUCUUGCAUUUUCUCUUGUUCCUUCCAACACUGUGGAUUUAUAAAGAAUCACACACUCCAGUGUUCCAUGAACUUUUUAUUUGAUCUGAUAUUUUGCUCACCUAUGAUUUAUGUCUUCCCGUGGCAUGGGCUACGGAACAUCUGAAUACUCGAAUCAUGAGGAGGAACAUUUAUAUGACCCUUUUUUGAUGGAUAAAACACAGCAUGGAGAACUAAAAUAUGAAAUUAUUUAACCAACGUGACUAUGGUCAAAAUGUUAGCAAAUAAUGUCAUAAUUUAAAAGAUUAUAUGACACAGUUAUAGUUUCUACCACAAGUAUAAUCUCUACUUUCUCAGAAAGUACAUUCCUUUUUGUUUUUUGGAAAUAUUUAUAUGAUUUAUCUCACAUAAAUCUAUUUAAUAUUGGAUUACCGAGCCUAUAUUAAAACAAUCCAGUCAUGUCACAUUAUAUUAUAGGACUACAACACAUUAAUUUUCAGUACUGUUCAAACUGGAAACCUCACAUAACUUCGGAAAUGAAACAUAAAAUAGUUUUAAUUCUUUAUAUCAUUUAAGGCAUUGUAGGAAAUGCAUACAUGAUUAACCGUAACUGAUGAACUUAAUAUAUUAAAAUGGAAAUAGAAGUUCUCCAUCAGAAUAAUACCACUUUUCUGUAUUGAAAAAAUAGCAAAAAUUAACUUAAUUCAAACACUGUACAUUUUUCUUGUUUAAUGGUUUAAGAUCAUUGUAUUUUAACUUCGUAAAACUUUUUUUUUUUGCUGUUCACAAAACUUUGCAAGUACUUUGCAAUCCUGAGCUGUGCCAAUACCUGGCCCUGUUAAGUGUGUAUGUGUAAAUUGUUCAGUUUAUCAUGGCUAAUAUGCAUAUAUCUGUAUUAUGUUGUUCAGAAAAAAGGAGAGGUGUAUUAUUAGGAUGUCAUGUAACAUGCAGGCAUGUUGUUUUGCUCAUGAAUUAUUUUUCUUUUAGAGAUUCCCUUUAGUUAUUGUGCGACAGAUUCUUUACGUUUGUGUAUUUCCUUUAGACCAAUGAAAACUGAGACAUUCCUGUAAUUGUGUUUUAGAUCUUUGCCUUUCUCUCUUCUUGUUCCAUUGUAUGUUCUGGAAUCUGCACUUCCUUUCUCAAGCUCCUGCUUGUUUCUCUCUUUGAUUUGGUCCAUUACACACUGAACUGAUGAAGAUAUUCCUGACUGCGUUUUACAACCCGGCCUCCAAGAUGAGGAAAUGUUCUGUAUAUGGAGAAGUAUGGCACAGUGAGGAUUAAGGAUAUAGAACACCGUAAACUCCUUCAUCCUCUUGUUUCCACAGAGUCAUUGACUGUUCUGUGUGGUUUUCUGACCGAAAAAAUUAAACAGUCCUCAAUAAGAGUUAGCAUUACUCCCCAGAAGACGUAAGGACACAGUGGUUUGCGUUUAGAAUCUGUUCCUAUCCUGGAGCUCUACUGCUGUGAAACAUUAGACUUUGUUUAUUAUUAUAACUGGACAAUACUGAAACUGCACAAUGCUAUGGCAGACCUGUUACAUUAAAUGUGGCCAUAAUGUGAUUCUGUAUAAAGUAGAUGAAUAAUAAAUUUAAAGUUGGUUAAAAUGAUUAU